AUGCAAAGGAAGCGCAGCCUUUUAUACUCCAUCAGCACAUGGCUCCAUCGACUCGUAUCUCUUAUGCUCGUGUUGCUAGAAUUCUAUGCACCAUGGUGUGGACACUGCCAAAAGCUUGUUCCAAUCUUGGACGAAGUCGCUGAGUCUUACCAAAGCGACCCAAGUGUUGUCAUUGCUAAGCUAGACGCAACUGCAAACGACUUCCCACGUGAUACUUUCGAUGUGAAGGGAUUCCCAACCAUCUACUUUAGAUCAGCGAGCGGAAACGUUGUGGUGUACGAAGCAGACAGGACGAAGGAAGACUUCAUAAGCUUCAUCGACAAGAACAAGGACACAGCUGGAGAGACUAAGGCGGAGGAGAAGACAAUUGAGUCCGCUAAGGACGAGCUCUGA